AUGCCUAAGGAAGUCCGCGACAUCAAGCAAUUCCUCGACAUUGCCAGGAGGAAGGAUGCUAAGGAGGCACGCAUAAAGAAGAUUGCUUCGCCGGUACCAGGCGGCAAAACCAAGACAAAGUUCAAGAUUCGGUGUUCGCGAUACCUCUACACACUCGCGCUUGAUGAUCCCGAGAAAGCGGACAAGCUGCAGCAGAGCCUACCUCCAGGUCUCAGUGUCAGCGAAAUCAAGAAGACACCUAAAAAGAAGUAG